AUGAUCGACCUCGCGAGCACAUUCGCACGUAAAGGGAUCAAACAAAGAGGAGUAAACGCUAUAUCAGAAGAAGAGGAAACGGAACUAGGCGGCCGACUUUUUAUACCUUGCAUCUAUAUCAAAGGGACAAAGAAAGCACGCUUGCCAUAUGUCAAGACAACCAUCUUUGACAAAACAUUCACAGCGCUGAUCGACAGUGGUUCAGCUAUCUCAUGCACAUCUCUUUCUGCUCUUCGUUCUCUCAAUCUUGACGUAUCUCCUCAAAAUAACUGUUCUAAGGCUUAUGCUGCCAACGGGAAUUUUAGCAUGAACUACACUGUGCAUGUUUUGAAGGAUGAAGAAUGUCCAGCUCCCGCACUUCUUGGGUCGGAUUUUCUCCGACAUCUCAACGAGUUAGGCAUGAAGAUGACUCCUAAUCCAAAGCCCCGAAAUAACAAAAAUCUCGACGAGGCCCCCACGUGGGACACCCUAUCAAUACAAUCGGACUCAUCCGAAGAAUCGAUUCGAGUCGGAGCUCAUGGCGAUUGGCGGGAGAAGUCAACACCACUCGAUAUAGAGGGCUACUCAUUUCGGAGGCUCUCGGAAACGACAUCCCUGAGGGCCGAAGACCAGCCACAACUCAACAAGUAG